AUGGGAUUACCGGACGGCGGGAAGCGGAAGAUGGCGAAAUGGGCUUUAAGUCUCUUUUUCUUGGGCCAAGACGCCAAGGAGGUCUUUGGAAGUCGCAUUGCGGAGGCUGGAGAAUUGGAUGGGCCUUUCGGCUCCAUACGAGCCGUCCACAGGCUCCUUUGGGCAGCAGAUUCCCGAUCACACGGCUCAUCCGUCUCCGUAGCUGCCGGAUUUUAUUGUUCCCCUCCUCGUUUGCUUUUCUACUCGGCAGCUUUAUGGGACAUGCUGCAGAAUCGUAAUGUCUUCACGAAGCUCUUAAAAGGGUUUUUGGCUGCAGAGAAGACUGGGCGUCUGGUGGAGCGGUUCCGUCUCUGCUUGGUGGGAGUCAGCUCCACCACAGUUGCCUUGGGAUUCUACUUCCCCAAGAAGGAGUAUCAGGAGAACGUCUACAUCGAUCAGCCGGCCGGGACACCCAUUCUGCGCGUCCAUGCCUUGAGAGACUCGGAAGAGGAGGAGAUCCACUUUGGAGUCUGCCCCAAUCUUGCUAUCCAGAGAGAUGGUAUUCAUAAAAACCUCUGGUUUCAAAUCCAAGAGAAUACUGGACUUCUCUUCCUCAACAGGAGCCUGGAGAAAGACUUGGAUAAAAUAUUUGGAGGAAGCUGGCUGCCAACGUCGAAGCUGGUGUUCCUGGUUUUUCUCUCAUCCCAGCCGUCCCAAGGAAAAGAAUGCCAAAGCACAUCUCAUUUUAAUUACUACACCAAGAUGGCCCAUGCCAGGGUGACGCUCUCUGUCGUUAACGCCACUGUGCCAGCCUGCCAUUCCGGGGCGCCCAGCCAGCUGUGUUUCGUGGAUCUGGACCUCUCUUUCCAAAUCAAGGAGAACAAACCGGCCGGACUGUUUCACCAGCUCCAGCUGCCGUCUCAACAGCAGCCGUGCCACAACGUCAGCAUUUCAUACAAGGUGAUAGCAGACGAAUCUCUGCCAUUUCGUUAUGAUGAAAACACCACGAGCAUCCGGGUGACGCAGUCUCUGGAUCGGGAGACGCGGGAGAAGUAUGAGCUGCUGGCCAAGUGCACCGUGAGAGAGGGCUCCAAGGAGACCUUCAAAGAGGUGGCCCUCCUAGUGACUGUGUUGGAUGAAGACGACAUGCCCCCAUUCCUUCCCGAUGGCACGAACACAGCAGACGCGGUUGUGGAGUUCAGCAGGAAAGAGGCCACCGUCGUAGCAACACUGAUGGUCUACGAUGCCGAUACCACCCCUAUUUUCCCACUGGAGAGCAGCAGGAAGAAAUACACGGGCGCCAUCAGUACAUCAGACCCAUGGAUAAAAGAAAUGUUUCGAGUGGAGCAUAUGUUCAAUGAGAUCUAUUUUAGCCCCAAUGGCAGCCAAGUGAGAGGAACGCAACACGAAUACAAGCUGGUGUUAAAUAAAAAUGUGUCAAUUACCGAAAACCGCUCCUUCCAGCUGGACGUCGUCGUCAACGACACCGAAUACCAGGGGCCGGACAAGUCCCUGGUGCUCCACUUCAACGUCUCCAUCCUCCCGGUCACGAUCCAGUUUCCAAAUUUCACGUACCAGUUCACCGUGAACAGAAAUGCUGCCAACUUUUCACAAAUAGGAAAAAUCUGCGUCAACAACUGCAUGAGAUUCGAGGGCAUCAACGUCGCCUACAGUCUGCAGGCCCCCAACGUCAGCUGCUAUGGAAUGAAGCUUGCCCAGAGGAAUGGAGACAAGUUCGGACGCCUCUACGUGAACGAUUCCACCGUGCUGCAGAGACCCGAGUGCAAAGAAGUCCUGUAUCCUGUCCUAGCUGUAGACAAACAGAGCAAGAAAGAAGCUCGCACCUAUCUUACAAUUGUGGUUGAUGGAAAACUAAUCAUCAACAAUGAAGGCUGCUUGGACUCUUGUGCGACAAGCAAGACCAGAUCCGAGUGCGAAGAGUGUGGCGGCUUUGGAGUGUUAAAGGGGAGGUGCGAGUGGCGAAAGGGGAGUGGGACAGGAAUUACUCCAAACUAUUCUACUUGCAGUCCUAGCAUUAUUACCUGUCCGGAUGGGAAAUGUGAUGCAGUUGAGACGAAGAAUUCAAGGAUAUGCCCCCAAGAUUGUACAACGAACAACAUCGUUGGUGGCCAUGAGAAAGGACUUACUGGAAUCAAGGCAGGAAAUGGAAUUUGUUACUGCUUCCCCGAUGAAAACUGUUACUGUGAGAAAGACGAUAUCAAAGAGCCCUUGUGUGACGAUAUGUGCAAAACGGUGAUCGCAGGGGGCGUCCUGCUCUCCUUCAUUAUUUCCGUGCUCCUUUCUUCCUACUUCAUCCAUCGUUACCACAAAAAUUCUCCAAAGCCGCCUAUUGCCUCAGCGGAGAUGACCUUCCGGCGCCCAGCCCAGUCCUACCCUAUAAGCUACUCGUCAACCAAUGUCCGGCGACCAUCAAUGGACUCUGAGAACCAAGGGUCGGUAGAUGCCUUUAAAAUACCUGAGGACCCCAAGUGGGAAUUCCCUCGGAAGAAUCUGGUGCUCGGCAAGACACUCGGAGAAGGCGAAUUCGGGAAAGUCGUCAAGGCAACUGCGUUCAGACUGAAAGGCAAAGCUGGCUAUACAACAGUGGCUGUGAAAAUGCUCAAAGAAAAUGCUUCCCAAAGUGAGCUGAGAGACCUGCUUUCGGAGUUCAAUCUUUUGAAGCAGGUCAACCAUCCACAUGUUAUCAAGCUAUACGGAGCUUGCAGCCAGGACGGGCCUUUGUAUUUAAUAGUCGAAUACGCCAAAUACGGCUCCUUGCGCAGUUUUCUGAGGGAAAGCCGGAAGGUCGGCCCCAGUUACGUGGGCAGCGACACCAACAGGAAUUCUAGCUACUUGGAUAAUCCGGAUGAGCGGGCCUUAACCAUGGGGGACCUCAUCUCUUUUGCCUGGCAGAUAUCUCGUGGAAUGCAGUAUCUAGCUGAAAUGAAGCUCGUGCAUCGAGAUCUAGCAGCCAGAAACGUGUUAGUGGCGGAGGGGCGUAAGAUGAAGAUCUCCGAUUUUGGUCUGUCCCGUGACGUUUACGAGGAGGACUCCUAUGUCAAGCGGAGCAAGGGCCGGAUACCCGUCAAAUGGAUGGCGAUAGAAUCUCUUUUCGACCAUAUCUAUACAACGCAAAGCGACGUAUGGUCAUUUGGAGUUCUGCUCUGGGAGAUCGUCACCUUGGGCGGUAACCCAUAUCCGGGUAUUGCGCCGGAGAGACUGUUUAACCUCCUGAAAACAGGCUAUAGGAUGGAGAAGCCGGAAAACUGCAGCGAAGAAAUGUACAAUCUGAUGCUCCGCUGCUGGAAACAGGAACCAGAUAAGAGGCCGACGUUUGCUGAGAUCAGUAAAGAAUUAGAGAAAAUGAUGGUAAAGAGUAGGGACUAUUUAGAUCUUGCCGCUUCCACUCCUUCCGACUCCUUGCUUUACGAUGAUGGACUCUCAGAAGAGGAGACGCCCCUCGUGGAUUGUAAUAAUGCUCCCCUCCCUCGAACCCUUCCUUCCACAUGGAUUGAAAACAAACUCUAUGGCAUGUCAUACCCGAACUGGCCUGAGGAGAGCCCCGUUCCACUCACGAGAUGCGAUGGCCCUAAGUCUGUGUUUUCAAGAUAUGCAAAUGAUAGUGUAUAUGCUAACUGGAUGGUUUCACCCUCAGCGGCAAAAUUUAUGGACAAGUUUGAUAGUUAACAGUGUCUUGGUGAAAGGUAAUGGACUCAGGAGGGGUGGGGGGAGCAGGUGUCCCAAAAGGGGCCGUCCCCUUGGCACAUUCUUUGUAUAAUAACCGGUUAUGGCAACAGGAGUUUCUAGACCGGGGAACCUUUCCCCUGCCUUUUGGUAGUUCCUACUGUGGCUUCCCCCUACCCCUCUCUGUCGUGACGAAUACUCUGAUUGACUCUCUUCCCCGUUAAAAGCAUAUCAAACUGGGUCACGUUACAGCUCCGGUGUUUGUUUUUGGUUCGUGCCAGUCUCCAGGUAGUCCGGUUUGGUAUCUGUGUUAUCACUUGCGGGCCGGUGGACUUCAUGAUUUACGGCGUUUUGGGACAACAGCCCAGAGCUGGAACUGUUGGAAAAGGGGGUACGGGAAGAAACCCUGAUGUCACUUUACAAACUGCUACUUCUGUGCUCGAUGUGAAGGCAAAUUGAGCGAAGCGUGAAGCACAAAUUAUACAAUGGGAACAAUUUGCUCUAAAAAAAAAAUAAAUCCCUGAGCUUGCUCUAGACUUCAGCGUUAUCGUGUCGUUGGCAGUUAACAAGUUCUGAUUUUUCAAGAGUUUUGAGUGAUCCAGGUGAUGUUGAGAGUCAACGUUAGAAAUCUUGAAAACCUGUAGGAAAAUAUAUAUAUAUAUGCAUAUAUAUAUAUAUAUAUUGCUCUGUCUUAAUGCAAAAAGAAAGGGUUUUGUUUUUUUUAAAUCAAGGUUAAACUGUUCUAACCUUUAGCACAAUGGGAAACUUUAAUACCCGAUAUGCUGUAUUUAGAGACUUGAUCUCGUAACAUUAUUUUCAUUUGUAUUAUUUUUUAGUGACGUCUCAAAAUCUCCUCAGGAUGUCUCGAAAUGAGUGAAAAGGGAAAAGGCCCAGUUUGCAGUCAUGCCCACCGGGUUUUCAUUCUCUCACUCAAAUUCUUAAUUUCUAUCAUCCGUUGCAGAGCCAGAGGGGCCGACACGGGUGGAAAGCUGGCUCUGUGUUAAAAUGUGAUCGACAAGCUGCGAGUCAGCUUCGAGAAAGCACGUUUCCUUAACAGUUCAUUUCCCUGUGUGUCCUUCUCCCUGUUGCUUCAUUGCAACUUAUUGACAAUUAAUGUUAAUCGCAUUCAAGGGUAAACAGGUUUUUCUCUAUCCCAAGAUCCAAAACAACACUGUAUUCUGCAGUUUCAAAUCCUGGAUAAGUUGAAACCAUCAUUAUCCAAACUUAACCAUGGUUAACGUUAGUGCUGUCAAAUAGAGUACGGUUAUAAGGAAGGGGCGGGAGUCUGAUGCAGGAAGCGUGUGUUCUCAAGGCUGGUUCCCGAUUGGUUAAAAGGCAGCCAGCUUUCCAUCUGGGCCCGGCCUCCAGAGAACGUGCAGUCGACACAACUCCAAAUCAUUUUCUCUUGCAAAACAUUUGCAGACAGUGUUCAUUAUUGUUAAGUCUGUUUCAUUGUUUGCUUGUGUUCGCUUUUCUCUGCAAGUACGGAAAACAUGUCUCAAGGGGUUCUUUUUUGUUUGUUUUUUAAGGGUAACGCUAAUAAUGGAUGUGACGUUUUAACUUUGAUGUGGUGUUUUGAAAGACGAUCUCUUACGGAGCUUUUAGGAGAUGGUUCACAGACGGGGCAUCACAUGACUGCAUUGUUAUUUGUAAAUUCAUAAUGUUAAGAGGGAGAAUUUUUUUUUUGGGGGGGGGGGACACUUGUUUUUCUAAAGAAUGCUGGAACUGUCACCCAAUGUUCUUUUGGGGGUACUCUUGCGUAGUCAAAGAUAAUACCAAAGUAUUGCUUCUGUCUCUUUGGUUUCUGUUGUGUGAUUCUGUGUGUCUCCAUUACCUGUUUCCAUUAUUCCAGGAAUCCAUGAGUCAGAUUGCCAAAACAUAGUAACUGUUCUCUUCAUGCAAGAGGUCCAAACACCUCAUUAGGAUUUAAAAAAAAUGGUUUGAAAGAGGGCCUCUGCUCAGACAAAGGAGACAGGGCGAUGUUUUCUUUCUAUAAGCUAAUUACUAUGCUAGAUACUGUGUUUACAAAAAACAAAAACAAAAAAAACUCGAUAUAACUGCCUACAGAGAUGUGAAACAGCCCUGAGUAUACUGUAACAAGCAAUCAUCUCAAAUAAUAAAAAAAGUAAAUAGA